AUGGGCGACGGCUUUGAUUCGCAUCACGAGUCUCGUUCGAAAUGGCCAAAUAAUGCUGAUGACUAUGAUCUGGAAGAAGCGAUUGGAAGGGGUGCUACGGCGGUUGUGCAAGCGGCAGCAGUAAAAAAAACAAGAGACAGAGUUGCUGUGAAACGUAUAAAUCUUGACCGAUGCAAUACAUCACUAGAAGAAUUAUUGAAAGAAAUACAAGUAAUGAGUCAGUGUCAACAUGAAAAUGUUGUUCGAUUUUAUACAUCAUUCGUUGUUGGUUCAUUGCUUGAUGUUAUACGUUAUACGAUGCAUAAACAAAAUUGUCGGAAUGGUGUAUUAGAUGAAGUUGCCAUUGCUACGGUAUUGAAAGAAGUUUUAAAAGGUCUGGAAUACUUUCAUUCAAAUGGACAUAUACAUCGUGAUAUCAAAGCAGGAAAUAUUCUUCUUGGAACAGAUGGUUCAGUUCAAAUAGCAGAUUUUGGUGUAAGUGCUUUUAUUGCGUCUGGUGGCGAUAUUACACGAGAUAAACAACGACAUACAUUUGUUGGAACGCCGUGCUGGAUGGCUCCCGAAGUGAUGGAACAACAACCUUCUGGCUAUGAUACGAAGGCCGAUAUUUGGAGUUUUGGUAUUUUAGCUAUUGAAUUAGCAACUGGCACAGCGCCUUACCAUAAAUUUCCUCCCAUGAAAGUGUUGAUAAUGACAUUACAAAAUGAUCCACCAACAUUAGAUAUUUGUGCAGAAGAUCGUGAUCAGUACAAGCAAUAUAGUAAAACAUUCAGUCGUAUGAUUGAACAAUGUUUACAAAAAAAUCCACAUGAAAGACCUACAGCUAAACAAUUAUUAAAACAUGAUUUUUUCAAAAAAGCCAAAGAUCGUUCUUAUAUAGCAAAAUAUUUGGCAUUACGUAUCCAAGAUCGAAAAAAAAUGGAAGAAAAAAUAGUCAGCCGACGUAAACCAGCAUCGAUAAGAAAUAUACGAAUGAGUGAUAGUGGUGAAUGGAAAUUUAGUAGUGGCUCGGAUGAUGAAGUCGAUAAUAAUGAUAAUACAGCCACAUACGAUAAUACGGCAAAAUUGCGACAGUUAGAAAAUCAAACGGUGAAAGGCAUUGAGAAUAUAGCAAAAAGUAGCAGCGAUACGCAAACAACUACACAGAAUUUAAUAGAAAAUAAAAAACAAGGAGAUUUGCAUGAUAUCAAAUUUGAAUUUAAUAAAACAAGCGAAAGUGUGGAAGAAGUCGUACAAGAAAUGGUUUCAGCUAGUUUAAUAGAUGAAAGAGAUACGCUUAAUGUUGCCUGCAAUAUGACACGUCUAGUAGAAAAUUCUGCUCUUGGUUCAGCCACAUUUGCUCUCAAGUCAAGUGUCGAUUCAAAUCAAACUCCGGAUGAUAAAUUAUUGUACGGUUUUGCUCAAUUAUCUCUGAAUAGCUAA